AUAAGAUAAGAAGGAGAGGAGGGACUGAAAAGCAAGAGAUAGGAAAGGGGGGUUGGAAAAGGUACAUAUAGGGGGAACAACAGGAAGUGGCUUUAGUACUAACCUUUUUUGUUUCAGGAGCUGCUUGUAGCUGAUGCAGAAGAAGUUGCUGAAGAUGACGGCCAGAAGCAGGAGAAUUCCCAAACGGUUCCUUACAGAUGAUGAGACCCUCUGGAAGACGAGAGCAAUCCGGGCUCAGAAGAGAUUGAAGCUCCUGGAAAAAAGGCAGGGAGAGAAACAGAAGAAGCAGGAGACGGUCUUGGAGCAGAAGGCAGCGGUAACCCCCCCUGAGAGAGAGCGGAUGCAAGAGGGUAACAAGAGAGACAAAGUGGGUAAAGUGAACAAUGGAGCAGGUGACAAAGAGGUCGAAGGGAGCACGACAGGGCCGCAGGGAAUGGCGGCAGCAGACAAGGAAGGACAAGACGGGCAUCGUGUGAGCCAUAAGAAACACGGUAAGCAAAUGUAUUAUAGUGACAGUAGUGAAUCUUCGUCAGAUAGUUCCACGGAUGAUGACUUUGAGGAUGAUAAGCGUAAUGGGAGGGGGCAUAGAAAAAUCUUGAAAAUUGUAAGAAAGUUAUAUGCUAAGCAAGAGAAAAAUAAGGUGGUGAAGGAAGGGUAUGAGGACGGGGACAGCAGUGAUAAUGUGGUGAAUUUAGACGAUGAAGUAGCAGCGACCAAGCUCUUACCCCUUCCCACACAUUUAAAAGCGAAGGUUGUUAGGAAAGCGCAGAGAGGACGGUAUGUGGAUGUGUUUGAAAUGACUAGGGAAGCUUUGGCGGUCAAAUCUAAUGAGGGAAGGGGGAGAAGGGCAAAGCAGACAUUUCCAGAAUGGGUGAAAGGGAUGGUCAUAUAUGCAGAAUGUUUUCUAACGGCCAAUCCAGAUAAGAUGAAAGGGGUGCUGAGAUACAUACAUUUAAUAGCGGAAUGCUACACCACAUACGGGGGUUUCGCAUGGAAGGAUUAUGAUAGGGAAUUUAGGAAAGGAAAUAUACAAUUGGGAGGUAAAGGUAGGAAGGAUUUUGGGGUAAAAAUACUAGAUACAUGGACGAGGGUGAUGAAGGUCCCUGAAGCACAAGGUAGGCCCAUAGGGCAAGGGAAAACAUUCAGAACAGAGGCAAAGGAAUGCUGGGCGUUUAAUGACAAGAGGUGCGACAGGGGGAAUUCAUGUAAAUAUAAGCACGCAUGUAGGCAUUGUGGCGGAGCGCACCCAGGAGUGGAUUGUAGGAAGGGUAAUGCCAAUAACAAUAGCAAGUUUUCCUUUCGAGGGCACGGGGGCAACGGUAGCGGAGGAGGAAUGGCGGGUAAUGGCCAAAACACCGCUGAGGGUAGAUAGGAUCAUUGAGGAAUUGGCAAUGUACCCGCUGAAAGAGGAAAGGAUUUUGUUAACAAACGGUUUGCGUGUAGGUUUUGUGGUCCCAGUUAAAACAGAAGUUAAAGGGGCUAUGCAGGCGAGAAAUUUAAAAUCUGCAGCAGAAUUUCCAGGAGUACUAGCGGAAAAAUUGAGGAAGGAGGUUAAAUUGGGGAGAAUGGCAGGGCCAUUCAAAGAGAAGCCGUGUGCUGACUUGAUUGUGUCCCCCCUGGGAGUAGUUCCCAAGAAAGAGAAGGGUAAAUACAGGAUGAUACAGCACCUGUCCUACCCCAGGGGGAAUUCAGUCAACGACGCAAUUGACAAGUUGGAUUCUUCAGUGCAAUAUCAAUCAUUUGAUAGUGCGGUAAGAAUAGUGAAACGGCUUGGAAAAGGGGCGUUGAUGGCAAAGAUAGAUGUGGAAUCUGCUUUUAGGUUAUUGCCUUUGAACACAGCUAGUUUUAAUUUAAUGGGUUGUAAGUUUGAUGGUGAUUAUUACAUAGAUAAGUGUUUGCCCAUGGGGUGUUCGGUUUCUUGUUCAGUUUUUGAAAAGUUUAGUUCAUUUUUGCAUUGGUUGUUUACAGAAAAAACAGGAUGUGAGAGUAUGUCUCACUACUUAGAUGAUUUUUUGGUGGUAGGCAGGAAAGAGACAGGGGAAUGUAGAAUCUGGAAGGAAGAGCUAGAGGCAAUGUUCAAACAGUUGGGAGUGCCAGUAGCAGCGGAAAAGUCGGAGGGGCCGGGUACGAGGCUGGUUUUCCUGGGUAUCAUGAUAGAUUCCGCAAAGGGGCAAUGCGAGCUCCCUGCGGAUAAGAUUGAGAAGGCGAGACAUAUGAUAAAAACGAUGUUGAAAAGGAAUAAGGUGACUCUUAGAGAAAUGCAGAGAUUGCUGGGGGUUUUGAAUUUUGCGUGCCGGGUAAUACCGGUGGGUAGAUUAUUUAAAAGAAGGUUGGAAAUGGGGACAAAAGGGGCAAAGCUGCCCGAGCAUAUGGUGCGCGUCAAUAAGGAAAUGAAGGAAGACCUCAGAGUGUGGGAGGCAUUUUUAGAUGAAUUUAAUGGUAUCAGGAUAUGGGAAGAGGCAAGGUCAGUGGAAGAAUUGGAGUUGUUCACAGAUGCAGCAGGCAGUGCGGGGUUUGGAGCGUAUUUGCAAGGUAGAUGGAGCGCGGGCGAAUGGCCCGCAGAUUGGAAGGAAAAAGGGUGGAUAAAGAACAUGACUUUGCUUGAAUUGUUUCCCAUUAUAGUAGCGAUAGAGCUGUGGGGCCAUGUAUUAGAGAACAAAAGAAUCAUCUGUUGGUCCGAUAAUAAGGCAGUAGUGGAUGUAAUGAAUAAUUUGUCGUCAUCAUCUAACCCGGUUAUUAAGUAUUUGAGAUAUUUUGUAUUAAAGUGCCUUAAGCACAAUAUUUGUUUUAAAGCACAGCAUAUACCAGGGUACAGGAAUAUUGUAGCAGACGCACUGUCAAGGUUUAAAUGGGAAAUAUUUAGGAAGGUGGCUCCAAGGGCAAGGAAGGAAGGUGAACCCUGCCCUGUUCUUCUUUGGCAGAUUGGCAACAAAUAGACGGAAUCAGGGAGAUGGUAGAGAAGUCCGUGGCGCCAAAAACGUGGGCCGUAUACAAGAAGUAUUGGGAGCGGUGGUGCGAAUUUAACAAGAUUAUAGGUCGCGAGGAAGAAACGGUUUUUCUAGAAUGGCUAUGGGUAUUGAAGCAAGGGGGGGUGAAGAAAGGGCAGUUGGGCACAGUACUGGCGGGGGUGUCGUAUUUUGCGCAGUUAUAUGGGAGAAAGGAUAUAACAAAGAGAUUUGUGGUAAGGAAAGUAUUCAAGGGGUGGAGCGUAGGAGAGAAGAAGCAAGGCGAUAGAAGGGAGCCGAUAACAGAGGAUAGGUUGGCGGUAAUGUUAGCAGUGCUCAGCAAAGUAUGUUUCAAUGACGAUGAGGCAUUGGUAUUCAGGGUAGCUUUCUCUUUGGCUUUCCAUGGGGCAUUGCGCAUAGGGGAAUUGCUGGCGAGGAAUAGGAAAGACGUGGGCGGUGGUGUAAGGCGAGAAGAUGUGAAAUGGGGCGUGCGAGCAGUGCUAGUUUUAAUUCGGAAAUCAAAAACAGAUACGGAAGGAAAAGGGGUAUGGGUGUCAAUGGGGAGGACAGGUGGCGCGACUUGCCCGGUGGCAGCAGUAAGGGAUUAUGAGCUAACAGCAAGGGCAGAGGGCCCGCAAUUUGUUAGGCAUAGGGACGGAUCCGGCGUCACGGGUUUUCAGUUUAGGAAGGUAUUGGAAAGAACGGUAGAAAGACUGGGUUGGUCAGAUGCAUACUAUGCGCCGCACUCAUUCAGAAUAGGGGCAGCAACCAGUGCGGCAUCUAGAGGAUGUUCGAUCGAGCAGAUUAAAAAAAUGGGAAGGUGGAAAUCAGCAGCAUACAAGUCCUACAUCAGGCCAAAAGGGGGCGUUUGAUUGCGAUUAGGGAUGCGAAGUCAUGGCGCCAACCGGAAUGAAUUUAAUUCUCCAAUUUUCUUUGUGAUUUGUUACAGGAAGAGCACUAAGGAUAUGGGUGGUAGGGCAUUCAUACGUAUACUGGGCGCAAGUUAGGGCUGCGACAUUGGCAAAAGGGACACAUUUGGGAUUUAGAUACACCGAAGCCAGUGUUAGGUGGAUAGGAAAGAGAGGAAUGAGGUGGGAAGAGUUGGUAAGCACAAUACAGCAGGCAAGGCAGAGAUGGGGGCGCCCGGACGUAAUGAUAAUACAUUUAGGAGGGAAUGAUAUUGGAGCAUACCCUCUGAGGGAACUGGAAGAACGUAUAAAAAGUGUAAUGGGGUGGUUGGCGAUAACAUGGCAAGGAGUAAAGAUAGUAUGGUCAAACAUAAUAUCAAGGUUGGUUUGGAGGAACACUGACACGCAGAGAGCGGGCUACAGAGCAAGGAGGAAGAUUAAUUUGGUAGCGGCAAAAGCAGUCAGGGGGAUAGGUGGAGCGGUGCUGGAGCACCCAUUGUUGGCGGCAAAAAGGGAAGAGAUAUUCAGGCGCGACGGAGUUCACCUGAACGAGGCCGGUAAUGACCAGUUUUUGGAGGACAUCAGGAGAAUGUUGGAGGAAAUGAUCAAGGUAAGGAAAGGUCACGGGAAAAGUUUAAAGGUGUUUGGCAGAAAGAGUAUUCUUUGUUGGCGGUGAAAUCGGGAUCUGGCACGUAGGCAGGGCUUGCGAGGGGCGGAGGGGAUCCUGUAGCAUACCCAGUCUAAGUCGUGAUUCGGUGGUCUAGCUAAAGGCUGGUAUAUGCUGCAGGUUCGCUCCUCCCCUUUUGCUCUGCCACAGGGGGGGUUUGUGGUCCCCCCCCCUGACACGUGGGAUCCAAGUUCAGGUUAUGCAAAUGCUGACGCAUUUUUGAGUGUUAUGUUGAUUAAGGGUAUGUUAUUACCCAGGGUAUGUUAUUACCCAGGGUAUGUUAUUACCCAGGGUAUGUUAUUACCCAGUGAGAAAUUUUUUGAAUUUAAAUUAAAUUAUUAAAUGUGACCUUUCCAUAUUUAGCCAAACUCCUGUGUUGCGUCAUUAUUUCAGGUUGCCAGAAUGGCAGAGGUGGUAAUAGAUGGUGGUGUUCAAAAGGUGUGUCAUUUGGGUGGAAAGUAUAUGGAAGCUAAAUGGAGCCUCUAAGACCUUAAAAAUAGCGCAGGGAUUGAAUAUGAACGGAGCGACAUAAGGGCUGGGCUCCUGGCUGGAAGGGCAAGGGGGAAGGGAGAGGGGGGGGGGAAGGAGUUAGGUUAGAAAAUAGGGAAGUAUAAGAUAAGAAGGAGAGGAGGGACUGAAAAGCAAGAGAUAGGAAAGGGGGGUUGGAAAAGGUACAUAUAGGGGGAACAACAGGAAGUGGCUUUAGUACUAACCUUUUUUGUUUCCCUCCCACCCUCCCUAGAUUCAAGAGAGCAGUAAGGACAACUACGCGGAGAGGUCACAACCAGAGAUAUCGAGAGAAAUUGGCAUGGUUAGGGGCACGAUGUCAGCUACUUAGUUGGAUCGCAGUAAGACCGCCUGUGCCCCCUAAUAAAGGGAAUCGAGAGAGCUGCAGCUGGAAGCUAGCGGGUGACUCGAGCGGUCUAUGCUAGCCGAAAGCGUUAAGAUAAGCAAGCAGCCAUAUAAGAGAAAAAUUGAUAAGUUGUUGCGGUGAAAUCGGGAUCUGGCACGUAGGCAGGGCUUGCGAGGGGCGGAGGGGAUCCUGUAGCAUACCCAGUCUAAGUCGUGAUUCGGUGGUCUAGCUAAAGGCUGGUAUAUGCUGCAGGUUCGCUCCUCCCCUUUUGCUCUGCCACAGGGGGGGUUUGUGGUCCCCCCCCCUGACACGUGGGAUCCAAGUUCAGGUUAUGCAAAUGCUGACGCAUUUUUGAGUGUUAUGUUGAUUAAGGGUAUGUUAUUACCCAGGGUAUGUUAUUACCCAGGGUAUGUUAUUACCCAGGGUAUGUUAUUACCCAGUGAGAAAUUUUUUGAAUUUAAAUUAAAUUAUUAAAUGUGACCUUUCCAUAUUUAGCCAAA